ACGUCGGAAAACAGCGUUCAUGAGCGAGCACGUGUUGCUGAUGAUUUAUUGCAAGCGUUUUGUGAGCUGUCAAAAAGUCAUGCAGAAAAGGAGCUAUCUGCACUCUUUAACGUUGCCUGUUCAAUUACUAGACUUGUCAGCCAGCCUCCGUUUGCUCUUCAAGUACUGAUUAAUUGCUUGACUGAGUUAUUAUGCGAAGUGCAGAAUAUGAGGAUAGGUCCAUUUCUGGACGAUCUGCCCUCAGAUCACUACAAGAGUAACACUGUAUAUGCCGUUGCUCAACCGACGGCUAGCAAGAAACAGCCGACUAGUGGAUCAGAAACGGAGAACACAGUUAAAAGGAAAAUGUCUGCAGUGGACCCCUUAGCUACAGCGAGGCAGAUUAGUGGAACCAAUAUGAGACGGAAUGCCGAGAAGCGGCUCGUUAGUAAAGAAAACGGAACAAAUGUAUCGGUGCCUGAGGACUCGAGAGACGGUUCAGGUAAAAAUGGCAAGAAAAAACGCGGUGUCAAGCGUCGUUAA